AGCUCUUCAUCGCUGUGGCCUGGCUGCCCAAGGCCACCGUACAGGCUGCCAUUGGCUCCAAGGCGCUGGACAUGGCGAGGGAGCAGGAGGACGCAACCUUGAUCAAGUUUGGUCUGGACGUGUUGACCUUGGCGGUGUUGGCCAUCCUGACCACAGCCCCCGUUGGUGCCCUCGGAAUCGGACUGGCGGGACCACGCCUCCUGGCCCGUCAGAUCAAAGAGGAGGCCGACAGUGAAGCCGGACCUUCCGGUCCCACAGAACCAGUUCAAGAGAAAGGCAGCAGGAGCCCAGAGAGCAGACUGUGACGGCGGCGCCGCUGGUUCCUCGCCAUGACUCCGCGUUUACAUGAAGGAUGAGUGAAGUCGGUCUUUGCUUAGGUCCUCCAGACCACCCAAAUGUCAGAUCAGACCGAGUUCUGGUUCUGCAGAACCUCUGUGGUCUUUUUCAACAGAACUAUUGAUUGUUUUGGUGUUGAUGAGUUUGAAUUAAAGAUCAA